AUGGAUAAUAACCAGAAGAGCAUCAACGAUCUUCCUCUGGAGUUGUUCCAAGCAAUCUUAUUGAGGGUGCAAGCCAAAGAUCUAUUCCGUCUCAAGUUUGUUUCUAAGCUAUGGUUUUCUCUCAUCUCCGAUUCAAACUUCGUGGAAUUACAUCUUCACCACUCUUCCGGAUUCGCCCCUUCACUCUUCUUCAACAAGAACAAUGAGGAGGCUCGCUUGGUUGACCUACAUGCACUAUACAACGAAGACGAAGAAAAUCUUCAUGCUGCAAUAAAAGAUGUCCCUAUCCCUUUUGGGAAUAAUAAGAAGGAACGAGACUCCUACUAUUUUGUUGUUCCUGGAUCCUACAGAGGAUUUGUAUUCUUGCACCGUGAACCGGGUUUUAUUAUCAUAUGGAACCCAGUGACUGGAUCCUGCAAAAAAGUAUCUCACGGUUAUAGUAUUAAAAAGGAUGCGAUUCUGUAUGGUGUUGCUUAUGAUGCAUCAAAUGAUGAUUACUUGAUAGUAAUAGCUGCUAAGAGAUACCGCGUUGAUUGCUUUUCAUUGCGGACCAAUUCAUGGAUCAAAAUUGAUGCUCUGUUACAAAGAUAUGCUAAUCUUCGAUGUGAAAGAAAGGAGUUUCUCAACGAUGGCUCUGCCUGA